AUGUCCACAUCUAUGAAGCGCUCGGCUGCUACUCGAGGCAAAGCCCUGACUAGAAAUCAAAAUGAUGCCCCCGAUAUUCCAAGAUUUCGGGAUGCCAAUGCAGUCGAAAACUACACAAAGAGCUUGCCUAGAAAAGUUGCAUCCACCAAAUUCGUGUGCAAGCCCACGCUUAUAUCACUAGGGGUUCUUGAGGGGGUCACCCAAUUAUUCUGUAACAUUUGGUGGGAAAACCUUCUCAACCUCAUGGCGCACACUUACGAGCUCCCCACAAGAGAGUUUCUUGCCGAUUGCGGGUACGACAGCGAAAAAAGAAAAGUCGCAUUCCAACUUCUAGGGCACCGAAGGUACAUCGAUUUUGCGACGAUCAACGACAUUUUGGGCUUACCUUCUUCAGACACAUCCACAGUUUUCGAUGUCCUACCUAUCGAAUUCAAUCACGAGACUUUUUGGACGGAAAUCACCGGGGGUAUCUUUUUGUGUGUCGGUCUGGAUAAAGCAACCUCUAUCAUCCACCCAUGCCUCCGCAUUGCCCAUCACAUCUUGGUGUGCAUGGUUUUUGCCCGCAAAGAAGCGGGCCAGGUCACCAAAAAUGAGCUCUUCUUCCUUUGGUGUAUGACGAGGUGUGAAAGGCCACCAAUCCCAGACUUUGCUUCAUUCUUUUUCCACAAAUGCACACACAUGAUAUCUAAGACGUCCGGUGAUAUUUGCAUUGGGGGAUUUGUCACACUUUUGGCUCGUGGUCUUGACAUCGAGCUCCCUAACGAAUGCUAG